AAAUUCUUCCCUCUCCAUCAAUGGGAAGUGGUGUUGUUGGUUUUUGUUUUCUCAAUUCUGCUCUUGUUCAACAAUAUAUAUAUAUAUAUAUAUAUAUAUUUAUGGAUUUCAAGAACCACUGAGAAUUGAUUCCUCUCAAAUUUUCAAAAGAAAUACUCCACUUGUUCUCAAUUCCUUGCUCUCAAAUUUUCAGACCCAGGAAUGGCAACUUCCCACCUUCCUUGCCCUUGUCAUCAUCCAGGUGGGCAUGGAUUUUUGAAGCCAGGGAGGCAUAGGUCUUCUUCUUUAGCUGCAAAGUCUCCUUCUUGUGGAUUUAGGGUUCUUGCUUCUGGGUCUCCUGAAAAGAGACAACUGGAGAUAGUGUAUGAUCCUGAUGGCAGGAUUAAUAGAUUGGCUGAUGAAGUGGAUAAGAACACUGGGCUUUCCAGAUUGACACUCUUCUCUCCUUGCAAGAUUAAUGUUUUCUUGAGGAUAACUAGUAAGAGGGGGGAUGGUUAUCAUGAUUUGGCUUCUCUGUUUCAUGUGAUAAGUUUAGGAGAUACAAUCAAGUUCUCCUUGUCACCAUUGCAGACCAAAGAUCGGUUGUCAACUAAUGCUCCUGGUGUCCCUCUUGAUGAGAAAAAUUUGAUAAUCAAAGCACUGAAUCUUUACAGAAAGAAGACUGGCAGCGAUAACUUCUUCUGGAUUCAUCUUGAUAAAAAAGUCCCUACGGGUGCUGGUCUUGGGGGAGGAAGUGGUAAUGCUGCGACCGCAUUAUGGGCCGCUAAUCAGUUCAAUGGUUGUCUUGUAUCUGAGAAGGAGCUUCAAGAAUGGUCUAGUGAGAUUGGUUCGGAUAUUCCCUUCUUUUUCUCUCGUGGAGCAGCUUAUUGUACUGGUCGCGGUGAGGUGGUUCAAGAUAUUCAACAUUUGUCCUUUGAUGUGCCGAUGGUCCUUAUCAAGCCACAAGAAGCUUGCUCCACUGCCGAAGUCUACAAGCGGCUUCAUCUUGAUAGAACCAGUUCUGUUGACCCGUUGGCCCUGCUUGAGAACUUAACGCUUAAUGGAAUAACGCAAGAUGCUUGCAUAAAUGAUCUAGAGAUACCUGCUUUUGAAGUUCUGCCAUCUUUGAAAAGGCUAAAGAAACGCAUAAUGGCGGCCAACCGAGGGCAGUACAGUGCUGUUUUUAUGUCAGGAAGUGGAAGCACCAUUGUCGGAGUUGGCUCACCGGAUCCCCCACAGUUCAUCUACGAUGAAGAUGAUUACAAGGAAGUAUUCAUCUCAGAAGCUAACUUCUUAACUCGGCAAGAGGGUAAGUGGUACACUGAACUCCCCGCGGCACCUAGUUCAUACAGCAAAGAAGAUGUGAUAACAGGCACCAGUUGCAGCUAAGUAAUGAACUUGUGAAUGUAUCCUAUUGAUAAAAUGUUUUAAUUUUUCCAUAGAAAUUUUUCGAUUCAGCUCAAUAUCAUGUUGUUGAUUUUGUAAUCCUAUCUUUUUAGUGUUUGUAAACAACCUACACAGAGAAAACAUGCAUGAGAUAAUGAGAAGAGUCUCACAUUAUCA